CGUAGUUCGUUAAGCGUGUGGCGCGGUCUGCAACUUUUAUUGUUUUUUUUUCAACUUCUCAACAAGCCAACCUCUUGUUUGGACGUCUUUUACCUGCGUGUGCUUUAAAUUUGUAAACUUUUAGGCAUCUUGUAUGUAAUAGUUAAGAUUUAAUAGUGCUUAUAGAAGUUUUUUAGUAAUAAAAUUCGAAGUGAAAUCUCCGAAGGACCAGCUGUUGUAAUAAACGGCAAUAGCCUCGUUUAAUGUCAACAAAUAAAUAAACAGUGAUCGGGACAAGUUGCGUUCGAAACAAAAAAGUAUUGUGAUGAAUUAUACAAUGGUCUAAACUGGAAAUCCAGGACGAGAAUGGACUUCGUUCAUCGCUAUUGGAACGUGAAUUUCGUAGCGAGAGUGGCGGCUUCACCCACAUAACAUUUAUGAACUAAUAAGAAUACUGUUAUCAAGAUGUGGGGUAUAUACAAAGUGGCAGCUAUUAUUUUCUUCGGUGCUCUCAGUAAAGGCGAACUUCCUGAAGAUGAUUUCAGGAUAAUCAAUAGACAAGACUUGUUGGCGUCUGAUAGUGAUAUCUUUGAAGAUAAGGACGGCAAAUCAUUUUCGCAACUGCUUUUCGAUGUGGCAAGGGACCAGGUGAUAGUGGGCGCGAGGGACACUCUGUAUCGCCUCUCCCUCCGAGGUCUCCGUUCGCUGGAGCGUGCGGAAUGGCCCGCAGCUAGCGACAAAGUGAAGCAAUGUCAAGACAAGGGCCAGACCGAGGAGAACUGCCACAAUUACAUCAAAGUACUGCUUUCAUACGGCCACAAGCUGUUCGCGUGUGGGACCAACGCGUUCAGUCCAGUUUGCAGUUGGAGAGAGAUUGAAUCGUUGAACAUGGUAUCAGAAUGGAUGUCAGGCGUCGCGAACUGCCCCUACAAUCCUGACUCCAACGUGACCGCGAUAUUUGCCAGCAGCGGCGAGUACUAUGCCGGGACACCAACUGACUUCACCAGCUCUGACACAGCUAUUUGCAGGAGUCAAGGAGCAUCCCCACGAGACUCUAGUAUGCUUCGGACGACGCAGUACGAUCUCAAUUGGCUCAAUGAACCACAAUUUGUGGGUAGUUUCGAAGACGACUACUUCGUGUACUUUGUCUUCAGAGAAGUUGCUGUGGAAUACUUAAACUGUGGGAAGAUCAUAUAUUCACGUAUCGCUCGUGUAUGCAAAAACGAUUCAGGUGGUCACCUGAUGAUGAAAAAUAACUGGAGUACCUUCCUAAAAGCCAGGCUCAAGUGCGCAGUGCCCGGAGAUGUGCCGUUUUACUAUGACGAAGUACAGAGCGUGGAAUAUUUGUCGCAAGAGAAGAUUCUCGUCGCUGUCUUUACCACGCCUGAUAACAGCAUAGCCGGCAGUGCUGUGUGUAUUUAUAACAUGUCAGACAUACACUUAGCCUUCGAAGGCCCUUACAAAGUAAAGGACUCGCCGAUGUCCACUUGGGAACCGCGGACACCUUCUCGGCAAGCCAGGGAACAUUUCCGUUGCAAUCCAGACACUAGACCCCAUCAAUCCAUUGAGUACCACAAAUACCACCUAAUGCACGAAUCAAUACAGCCUAUAUCCGGCGAGCCCGUAUACAAAGCGACGCUAGAGAGAUUCACACACGUGACCGUCGAUGUUGCCAACACGAAAAACGUUGCUAAACAACUAGUUGUAUUCGUUGCGACCCAGAAUAAUGACAUUUUAAAACUGGCAAUAUUGCCGAAGUAUGAAGGUGCCUGUGUAGUGGAGAUUUGGAAGAUGAAAGAUAAGAAGGGUGGAUUUGACAUACUGUCGAUGCAGUUCGUUAAAGAUACUAUGUCCCUCUACAUAGGAAGCGACGAAGGCGUGUUGCGCAUAUCUAGCGAGCGCUGCUCCCGAUACAAGACGCGGUCGAGCUGCGUGGGCGCGGCCGACCCGCACUGCGGCUGGGACGACGCGCGCGAGCUGUGCGUCCGCGCGCACGCGCACCUGCACGAGGCGUACUUCUCGCAGAGCACUGCCAGCUGCCCCUCCGUCAGUAUGCCCGUGGCCGGCGGCUGGUCGGCGUGGUCGGCGUGGGAGGCGUGCGUGCAGCACGGCGCGGCGCCCGCGCUGUACGACGGCGCGCCCGACACGUGCGCGUGCCGCACGCGGCGCUGCGACAACCCGCGCCCCGCGGCCGGCGGGGACGCCUGUCGAGGUGCCAGUAUAGAGGUGACCAACUGCACCGUGCACGGAGGCUGGUCGGCCUGGUCCGCCUGGUCCGAGUGCUCCACCUCCUGCGGUAUCGCUGUGAAGUCCCGCCGACGCUCCUGUACCUCCCCGGAACCUCGCUUUGGGGGUCGAGUGUGCGUCGGUCUGGAUACCCAGGAUAUGUACUGCGCCAAUUUACCUCCUUGUCCUGACCCAGCCCUGGCGCCCGUGGACGGGUCGUGGUCGGCGUGGGGCGCGUGGUCGGCGUGCGCGGGUGCGGGCUGCGGCGCGGGCGCGGGCGCGCGCGAGCGGCGCCGCACGUGCGACAGCCCCGCGCCGCAACACGGCGGCGCCGACUGCGACGGGCCGCGCGCCGAGCGGCAGGCCUGCGACCUGCGCCCGUGCGAGCUCAGGAAGGCCACCGCCUGGACGCCCUGGGUGCAGAUACCUAGUAAUACAUCUGACGGAAGUUAUACAGAAAAGAGAUUCAAGUUUCUGUGCAAGGCGCCGACGCCGGAGCAGAUCAGAUUAUCGCUCGCCCGCGAGGAGGAACGCUACUGCAACUCGCGAGGUACGUGCAGCAGCAGUCCGCCCGCAGAGGACGGCGCGUGGGAGGCGUGGGCUCCCUGGGGGGCCUGCUCUGCAGCGUGCGGCGGAGGCCAGCAGGCGCGAACAAGGCGCUGCCGGCAGCCACCUUGCGUAGGGGCCGCAGACAUGCUGCGAGCGUGCAACACGCAUGCGUGUGUCGGCGAAUGGUCAUGCUGGAGUGAGUGGAGCGAAUGUAAUGGCGGCUGUGACAACGGUGUCACCGGUCAUCGAACACGCACUCGAAUGUGUUUGUCCCCUGAGGGUUGCGCAGACGCAGGUGCUGCGUUGGAAAGACGAAUCUGCGUAAACAACUGUGCAGAGUCGGAGGCGGGCUGGGGCGCGUGGGGCGCGUGGGGCGCGUGCGCGGGCGGCGAGCGCGUGCGGCGCCGCAGCUGCGAGGCGGGCGCGUGCGUGGGCGCGCAGCUGCAGGUGGCGCGCUGCGCCGACAACGAGCUGGACAACGAAUUAUACGCAAUGCCGGCAUACAGUCAGAACGUGCAAAUGGCAUCGUUCGUUACGAUGACGGACAAUGAGUCCCUCAGUAUCGGCGGCAUUGUAGGAUGUGUCGUCGCAGCUUUUGUUAUGGGCUGCCUAGUCUGCUUGGCCGGAGUAGUAUUCUGUCACCGCCGGGGCUGCCUACCGUGGAGCCGACAACCACGUGUGCCCUCUAGCCCUCACUACAUCACCGCUAAACAGAACAGCUACGUCACUGUGCCAUUGAAGGAAGUGCCACGAAAAGCGAAACGGCAACCAUCGUUUACGGGCAUCGGUAACUCAAGCGGCAUACUUCUUUCGAAGAGUAACAACAUUUCCAACGCUAAUCACAACAACCCCAUGACGACCCCUAAACUGUACCCGAAAGCUAUAGCCAACGAGUAUGACUCUAUGGGUACUCUACGAAGACACUCAAAUCAGCCGAACAACAAGACCAACAUUGAUGUUGAAGAGGACAAAUUCUAUUGAACGUAACGACACUGUUGUCUGUAGGACCGGAUUUAAAGGGCUUGAGGCCUCGGGGCCACAGGAGUGGAGGCUCUGGAGCAACAGAGGAGUGGAGGCUUUAAUUUUUAUUUUAAAAAUUAAGUUCAACAUUUUCAUUUCUGUCAAUAGGGUUUGUCGGAAUUAUGUGAAUCUCGCCCCUCGCCUGUGGAGCCCCUGGGCAGUUACCCCGGUUGCCCUCCCCUAAAUCCGGCCUCGGUUGUCUGGAUCUCAUGUAAGCUAUGACGCUCUAAAUAUUGACAUUGGAAAGGGCGUUCAAUUUCAUAGACAGUCAGAGAUAAUUACAUUUCGAAUUAGUCUCUGAGAAGUUACAUUACAAAGACUUUUUUUAAGUCAGCUUAAAGGUAUUUUUGAUCCAUAACUAUCGAACUUUAUCUUAACGACAUCGUUCCAUAAAUUAAGUUAAAAGUAAAAGGUGAAUAAAAUUGGCUUUGGCUAAUUAACUUGGCGGUUGGAAAUUUUCUUUUAAAAUUGUGAAACCAUUUAAUGGUUAUUUCAAUAAUCCUUAAAAUAUAAUAGUUAUUAAACGUAAUGUUCAUAUAAAUAAUAAAUUUUGAAAUAUUAGGGCAAUCAUAUAUUUACAAAUUUGUGUAAUAGAAAUGUUUGGAAUUUUUAUCAUUAGGAGAACAUAUAACGGCGUAUUACUUAAUAAUAGAUUAAUAAUAGCCUUUGGGAUAGUUUAAUAUUUUUAUAAUUUAUUAAAAAUAAUCAAUAUAUUAUUCAUAGUAUGAACAUUUAUACGGAAAAGUAGAAUAUAUUAUUUUGUUUAUUCCAAGGAAUCCCGCGAGAUCCUCUAAGGAAAUGCAUUUAUUUUAUUCCUGUACUUUGAUACAUUACAGCGAUUGGUGGGCUGGGAACUUUUAGAAGAAUAAUGUUUAUGGAUAUUACUUCAAAGUUAUACACAAAAUACUGUGAAAAUAUUUCCAAUAAUAUAUUUCUUUAUGUACAGGGAUUUCCUUAUAUUUAUUCUUUAGAAGAUUUUAUAUCUAAUGGGGGACUUAUAACAUAUGCCUUAGACAUGAAGACGUAUAACUUCAAAUACAAUAACUCCAAGACAUUGUCAUUAAGCUGUAUUCCUAAAUAUAUGUUCGUGAUAUUUUAUAUACUCCCAAAUAAUAAUUCAUACUGUUGUAAUAAGAUAGACUAAUUAAAAAUUCCAAUUUAUGACAUUUUUAUAUCUAUUAUUAUAUAUUUCAAAAAAUAUUAUUAUUAUUAUUGCUUCUUAUAAGCUUCAGAUAAAUCUUAAUAUGUUUGAAAAUUUAUAAGAGAAUCUCAAUAAGUUGUUUGACGUUUGUUUGAGAAAAAAUAGCAAAACGAAUAGGACACUUACAACUUCAACAUUUUUUUUUUUUUAAUUUAAAUAUCGUUUAAUAUUUUUAGACACCAAUUUCAGUUUUAUGAAUAAAGAAAUAGUAAAAUAAAUGUCACCUAAAAUAUCUAUAAUUUAUUUAAAAACAUAAUAAAUACAACAGAAAGUCAAAAAGUAAAAAAGUGAAUAAGUAAAAUUUAUCAAAGGGAAUCCUUUAUAUCUCAAUCCAUGCAAUUGUACCAAUUGCGAGCGACAAAGAUUCUCCAUUUGUCGGCAAGACAGGCGUUUCAAUGAAUUUUCAACAGCUCUGCUAAUUAGAAAAGAAAAGUAAAAAGUUUAUAGAAACCGUUAAAGCGAGAAUGCUUUGUGAGUUUCUGCUUAAGAAGUCCUUCGACUUAAUUGCUUUUGUAUCUUUUAUUUUAUUUCGAUUAUAAUUUUAAUAGAAUAUUUUAUAUAAAUAAUGAGCUUGUCUAUAAUAUCCUACUACUUAUUCUUUAUAUAGAUAUUAAAUUAAAUAUAAUUUUUUAGGUAUUUUAAUUUGUGAUAAUGUGGUCGGUAUGUUUUGUGAAUUUAAAUAUCGAAUGUUCUAGAUAGAUGAGAUAGAUGAAUCAAGACGCGUUCGAGAUUAUUUUGUUUACUUUGAUUAAAAGUUCAAAGACAAUUCAAUUCUAUAAUCGUCUUUGGUUAAGGCUCCAUAUAUCUAGUAGUUUAUUUUUCAAGUGCCAUGGUAACGAAUGUAAAUGUUAGUUUUAUGUGUAGUUUAUAAUAAUUUGAAAAUAGUUUAGUAGUUAUAUAAAAUUGUUUAAAUCAAUUUUUAUUCAAAGCCAAGUAUGUGCCAUGUGUAUAUGUAAUGAAUGAUUAUUAUUAUUAUUAAGCGUCCUAAUAAUAAACGCGAUAUAGAUUUAGUCACUAUAUCUGUCCUUGUCUUGCGAGAAAGUGACUUAUAAACUUUAUCAAGCAAGACAGAGACAACGCUAAAUACUACGAUCACGUUUAUUAAUAAGUCGAAUAGAAUAUAGAGCUUAUAUAAUCAUAUGUAUUAUAUCAGUACAAAUAGCGGUGCCUUCGCGAUAUACAUAUUUAUACAAAUACUUACAAUAUCUUACAAAUUAUACAAUGAUUUAUAUUUUAUAUUGUUGAAUUAAUUUCAACACGUCGCCUGACUCAUGUUGAGUCGAAAUUGUUAUAAUGUAUAUUUAAAACAUUUUGUAUUUUUAUAUUGUUAAUUAUAUUAGUAAUAUUUUUAAAUGAAUUGUGCUAUGGUAGAUUGUUAUUGAGUGUAUGGUUUGGACUGAAGUAUAUCUGGAAGAUUUUAAAAAGAAAAAGUAGCCAGUCAGCUAACAUUAUAAUAAAUAUUUUUAUAAUAAAUGGUUUUGAUACGUUGAUAAAUUUUAUAUUGUUUUUGUAUGUAAUGAUUUAUCGUUUGUAAUAUGGCGUGUGAAAAUUUUGAUUAUAUUUUCGUAUCUGAAGUAUUUUAUCUGGUGAAAUAAUAGGAAUAAAUAUAUAUAAAAAUAAUUGUUUUUAUAAAUAGUGCCGUGCACGACAUGCUUUCUAUUAAUGCAUUUAUAUGCAUAGUUACAUUAAAGUAACUUAAAAAUAACUUCACUAUUUAAAAUGACAAUUUAUACUCUGUGUAAAUUUUUAUUUUUUUAUAUUUGUUGUAUUUUGACAUUGCGUUGUGUCUAAAGUGGAAAUAAACGCCGUUAAUUAAAAAAAAACAUAUCACUUGUAUGUUAAAAUUAUCAAGUGUCAAUGCAUUUCAAGGUCGUCUUGUUAUAUCAAAUUAAAAAUAUUUAAAUAUAACCAGCUUCAGUCUGACUGAGCUUUAUCGUGUAUAUUCUGAAUGGUUCUUUAGUUCUGUCUUAUACGUAUUUUCUAAGAGGCUUUCUCUCAAAAACUCACCGAUUAAAUUUUCUAAGCUUAAGAGGUAUACUUGUGAUUGUUAAGACUUAGAUGAAUUUCUUUAUUGUUUUUAUUUUGGUCAACGCUAUACGCACGUUAUAUAGACGCUGUACACGGUUAUGAGGUAACUACUUAAUAAAGACUGUCAUACAUUA